GCAGUGUGUGACGACCGGUUGGGGCGACAACCGCGGAGCCAACGAGGUGGCCAGUCGUCGUGCAUUCCACCUGUCAGACAGUGAUCUGAUGUCGAGGUAUCCGUGACGACCUGCCGUUUCAGGUGCCAGCCUGUUUUCUGACAUCAGACGGCCUCUGAUAUUUUGCAAGCCGGCAGGUGUCUUUGGAUGCAUCGAGAAAGAUGGGAUAUCUUAUGGCAGUGCCGCGGUAGACGUGAAAGCGAGCGUGAGACGUGAUUUUACAGGAAAGUGGUUGGUUUCAUGCAAACUUAUUCGGCAGAUAACCCCCGUCGGGUUCGAGAGAUUCAAUACGCCUAUGGAAGACGUUUGGCGGGCAGAUCUUGGUCAGAUUAUCACCUUCUUUCGCACCAAGAACCCCAAAUUGGCAUUGAGUGUCUGGCAAAACCUGUUGGCUCAGUUAUCUACUCUACUAAACGAAUAUCUAGAGACUGAUAGUCAAGUGUUAUGGAAGAUGCUCCUCAACGCGGUCCCCAAGCUGCUGAUGACGGGCUAUAUCGCAGAAACUCAGACCAUGUGGAGGUCGCUCACAGAAACGCUACUGGAAACCAGAGGAGUGGGACAUUUAUACUCAGCAUUUGACAUGUGGAGAACAUUGCUAGACAUGGCGCCGAAGAUGCUGGCAAAAUUUCCUGGCGAUGUAAUUUAGCCAAUGUGGACAGCCGUGUGUCAAACAGCGGUUGAAAUGGCGUCGGGUGCUUUUGAUCCAGAGCGAGCACCACUGGCUACUUCACCGUCACCACAUCAAUCACUGGCGCAGGUGCUACCGCCAUCACCGAUGCCAAAACCGUCACCGGUGCAAACACCAACGCAGCCAGUGCCGCCGGCGCGACCGUCACAGUCGCGACCACCGUUACCGACGUUGUUACCACCGGAACCCCUGCCACGAACAUCCCUCUCACCAGUGCGUCCGUCACCAGCAGAGCCGAAAGCGAGUCGCUUUGAUCCGGAACGGACACCGCUACCGCCUCUACCAAACGAGGAGCCAUCACCAACACCAGCAACGUCACCGUCACCACCUCCCUCACCAUCUCUGUCGCCGCUGCAGCCACCGUCACUACGACCGCCACCACCGGAACCCCGGCCACGAGCAUCCCUCUCACCAGUGCAUCCGCCGACCCUCCCAUCACCAGCAGAGUCGAAAGCGAAAGCCGGGAGCCGAAAGCCGUGCUUUGAUCCAAGACAGACACCGCUCCCACCACCUCCACCAAGUCUGCAGCUGUCGCCAGUAAGGUCAUCGUCAUCAUCCCCGGCGCUGGUACAGUCAACGUCACCGUCGCCGUCGGCAUCACUGUCAGAGGCUCAGUGCCUUCCACCAAAACCACGCCCGAGGUCAAAGCCGAGCUUGCAAAAAACUCAGUCCACUCCAUCGGAAACAACAGCUGACGCAAGGCCAACCAAACCAGAACUGAAACCCAAACCGCAGCUCGUUAAUCGAAACCCCUCCAUAGCCCCCUCAAUGACGCAAGCAGCACGUGCGGUGCUCAGACCCACUGCGAAGCCACCGCCACCUCCUGUGGCGACCACGUCAGGUGACGACGCACCCAGGACAGACCCCGAAUGGGGAAAGAAUGUGACGCAGCAUGUCCUCACGGAGCUCAGUCACAGAGGUGUCGGGGCCCCGCAAAGAGGACAGCAGGCGGUCCAGCCGAACCUCGCACAGGACGAGCCAAGAUGGGAAACGGGGUCUCGCAGUCCUUCGCAAACACAGACGGCAGUGAAUGGUGCCUCCAGGUCCGUCCGAGUUCAUUUCUCACUUUUCUCCGCGAACGGGGCGUCGCACGCUGAGGAGCCGGCCAGCACCGCGUCCAGCACCCCAGCGCACCUCCCUCAGCGGCCAGUGCCCCGUUCUCCGGGUGCUGCCACCGCGCCUCUGAAGUCUGAAGGGCCAGUGCUGCAUCCGCUCUCCUCUUCAGCGUCUCUGACUGCGGCCACGUCGCCCUCCUCCCCGGGCGAGCCGCCGCUCUGGUGCCGACUGCCCUCCGUUGUCAACAGCGGCGUCCUCGACAGCCUCAGCAGCGACCAGAGAAAGCUGCGAGAGACUCUGUUCGAGAUCAUCAGUACGGAGGAGUCGUAUCACAACUCUCUUCAGCUAAUAGAGCGUCAUUUUCGGGAACCGCUUCGGGCGCUGAGCCAGAAGCCGACUUCCACGAAGGAGAACGGGCAGAACUCGAUCAGUGGGAUAGAAUUUCGCGAGCUGUUCCAAAACCUUGACGAAGUGCGCCGGUGUUCUGCGUCGUUUUUGACCAGCCUGAACAACAUACCAAUGGACGAUCUCUCGGGCCUCUGUGAUAUUGUCCAGGAACACGCAAAGUAUCAUUUCUACCCGUACAAGGUCUACUGCGCGCGCAAGGUGCAACAGGACCGUCGUCUUCAGCAGCUGACUAAGCGGAGCUCACCCCUCGCCGCGCUGAUCGCCCGCCUGGAGACAUCCCCGGAGGUGCGUGGCCUGGGUCUGCCGGCGCUCCUCCACCUGCCCGUGCAGCGCGUGCAGAGGCUACCGAUGAUGCUGGCAGCUGUGCUGAAGAGGAUGCCACUCGACCACCCGGAGAGACAGAGCUGCGAGCAGGCGAACCGGGCGCUCACUGAACUCGCCAGGGACUGUGACGAAAGUGCAGCCCGAGGAAUCGGGAGCAUGAAGUCGUUUCAGGAUAAUGGCACCACUGACCCAUUCAGGGUCUCAAGGCUUCGCCUAUCACGGCGGCGGUGGGGCGUGCACCGUCACGGCAGCGAUGUGGGGUCACUCUCACUAUCCAUAGGAAAAUAUACACCCCUCGAUUGGUAAUUUUGCACUUUAGGAGUACCAGUAUCCCGAUUUCUCAUGUAUGAAAACCCGAAUAGAAGUAAUUGUGCACCAUUUAUUCUGGGUUCCUGUACCAUACGGCAUACGUACACUUAUGAUCCUUUUCCCAUUCCUUAGAGUAAGUGUACCUCGAAGGUUCACACUUCAGUGUAUCCUGCAAAUUCGGAGUACCGUUAUCACUUAGAAGAGUUAGGUAUAUUUCUACCUUAGAAAUAAGAAUCCGUCGUGAUAGGGAUGCAUUACCAGCAUUUUCUUUUUUACUGUCUUGUUAUUGAAAAAGAGGUGUACCUACUCGUACGUGAUAGGUGAAGUUUGUGACGAGCUGUGGAUGACCGCAGGCGCAGCAAAUCCGUAGCCUAUAGCAGGGCCUUGUCUAGCAUGUUAACUACUCACUAACUAGUACUAGGGGUGGGGGUGGGGAAGCUGCCUCGGUAAUUUAACGAAUUGUCCCCGGAGUCAUCGACUUUUGCCCCCUAUACGAAAAAUGGAGCUUCACAAAAAAUGGAUCCGACUCAACUCAUUCAACUCAAGGAUUGGUGGAAAAGCAAAGCAAGCGGGGCACCUCUCCACAUAAAAAACAUGACACCGCCGGGUUAACACUUCCGUCUCCGGUGGUGAAUUGGUGAAUUGGUGAAUAAUGGCCGUUUUCACGACGGAACUUUCGCGGUGGAACCUAUUUGAUAAUUUGAUAGGUCUGGAAAGUGUCGUGAAAAUGGCUAUUAUGUAUCUGAAGCCCAGACUGAAAGUUUCUUGUGAAUGCGUUGAGCGGUUUUGAAGAUAUUGCAGAAAAACGAACUUCGGUUCUGUAGAGCUGUAGAGACCCCCCAAGUCAUGUGCAGAAUAACUUUCAGUCAUAUGGUUAGGAAAAAUGUUUUAUUAGAAGCAGCAUCUCGAUAACGAACUAUUUCGCUCAAUACAAUGCCCAUUCGUCUAAAAUGGCGUCCAAAUACAGUUGUACAGAGAUAUAACGUUCUACCGACACGCAAUACAUCGCGAUCCCGUUUCCAAUACGGCAUAACUCAUGAUUCUCAAAUACGUCUUCAAUGUUCUUGAACAUUGAACAUUCAAUGUUCAUUGAACAUUCAAUGUUCAUUGAACAUUCAAUGUUCAUUGAACAUUCAAUGUUCAUUGAACAUUCAAUGUUCUUGCUUAGGUGUGAGCAAUGCGGAAGGAAAGUCUCAUGCAAAAUAAAAACGUAUUGACGUCACAAAAUAUCUCCGAUGCCGUCGUACCUCACAGAAUGUCAUCAUACAACGUCAAACGUUUGACGCAGCGAUGUGUCUUUCCUCGCUAUAAUAUGGAAGAAGGGCAACAAUUACACAUCACCUCAACGUGGGUGAGCAACGAACCACCGCCUACGAUCCGGGAGAAACGCGGGGAAAGAUAGAGAAAGGGGACAAGGAGGACAGGGAGAGAAAGAGUACAUUACUACUACAGAAAGAGAGAGAGAGAGAGAGAGAGAGAGAGAGAGAGAGAGAGAGAGAGAGAGAGAGAGAGAGAGAGAGAGA